AUGUCCGAAUAUACAGCCGGCUCUCCUGCACAGGAUGAGGGGGAAGCCUGUCCCGACUUCUCAUCUUUCCCGCCUAUAUUUGUCCUCCCGACUCAUCUCAGUCUGGAAUCUCUACACGAGAUAGAAGAGGACCUGGUUAAGAGAAACGCACGUCUGACCUACGACAUAUCCGAAGCCAGACUGGUACUGGGGAAAAUCAGUCAGGAGAAGCGAGCAGCGCUGGAACUGCGCUCCCGCGGUGUCUGGACUGAAACGAUCCCCAUCCCCAUCCCUAUCAGUGGACGCGAACCGCCAACGAAGCGGCGGCGUGUCGAUGUACCGAAGAAACCAGAGAUAUCUGCCGGAGAGGCCGAGAUUAUUGACCUCAGCACGGAAACAGAAGAUGAAGAAGAUGGAAUGAUGAGUCGACAUGAUCCCUCUCGACAUCUUAAAACCUCACCUACGACAGUCUCGCAACCGCCAAUAGCGUCAUCGGACACAAUCAGCGUCGUCAAGCUCGAAUGGCUGCACCAAUGCCUCAAAGCACAAGAGCUCCUCCCCAUCAAACCAUAUACUAUAUACCAGGCACGCCACAUCCCCCCCAACCACCUCCAAACAACCCCCCUCACAACCCCAUCACCCUCCACCCCCCCUACCCCCCCAACCUGGGUAACCAACAACACCAUCUACGCCUGCCUCCGCUCGACGCCCCUCCAGCCCCCCUCCCCAAACUCCGCCUUCAUCACCCAACUCCUCUCCAUCCGCAAAAUCCGCGAACUCACACUCGACGAAAUCGGAGUCCGCGCCUACAGCACCUCCAUCGCCGCCAUCGCGGCCUAUCCCUACCCUCUCCGCUCAGCCUCCGAAAUCCUCACCCUGCCAGGCUGCGACACCAAAACCGCGCACCUAUUCCACGAAUUCCUGCACUCGCCGACUCGCACCCUCGCCGCCGCCACAGAACUCACCACCAACUCCACACUGCGCACCCUCGCAUCCUUCACCAAUAUCUGGGGCGUGGGCCCGAAAACCGCACACUCGUUCCUGCACACGCAUGGGUGGACGACUCUCGACGAUUUGGUGGAACAUGCGUGGACGCGUCUCUCUCGCGUGCAGCAGAUCGGGCUGAAAUAUUAUGAUGAGUUUUUGACUGGAAUUCCUAGGGGGGAGAUUGAGAGGAUUGCAGAGGUUGUUGCCCGGCAUGCGAACCUUGUUCGUCCUUAUUCUGCCUCUCCCUCUCCCUCUCAAUCUCAACCUCAAGCUCUACCCCCAACCACAUCCCCAUCCCCAUCCCCCAACACCCAAACCAAAACCCAACCCAUCCAAUGCGCAAUCGUAGGCGGCUACCGUCGCGGAAAGCCACUCUGCAAAGACGUGGACCUAAUCCUCACGCACCCAUCCGACAGCGUAACCAAGAACCUGAUCGAGGAUGUGGUCGCGAGCCUAGAGUCCGAGGGCUGGAUCACGCACACGCUUGCGCUGAAUAUGAUGAAUUCGCGUCGUGAUCAGCAGACGUUACCGUACCAUGGGGGCAGCGAUGCAGGGACCAGAGAGGGGUUCGAUACGUUGGAUAAGGCGUUGGUUGUGUGGCAAGAUCCGGAUUUUGAUGAUCAUGAGCUUGACCAUGAUGAGUCUGGUUGUGGUCAUGAUCGUAACGACGAGUCGGAUGAGGCUGGUUCUGGGGGAUAUGACGGUGAUGAUGGUGACAAUGAUGAGAAGAGGAAGAAGGAGAAGGCGAAGGGAAAGAAAGAGGAAGAGGAGGAAGAAGAAGAAGGAGAAGAAGCGCAGCACCAGAAACGAAAACGCAACCCGAACCCGCACCGGCGGGUAGAUAUUAUUGUUUCGCCGUGGCGGACGGUCGGGUGUGCGGUGCUGGGGUGGACGGGGGACACGACGUUCGAGCGCGAUCUUCGGCGGUAUGUGAAGAAGACGCGGGGGUGGAAGUUUGAUUCGAGUGGGGUGAGGGAGAGGGGGACAGGGGGGAAGGUGGUGGAUUUGGAGGGCGCGGGCCAGACGUGGGAGGAGAGGGAGAGGUUGGCCAUGGAGGGAUUGGGGGUGGGAUGGAGGAGGCCGGAGGAGAGGUGUACUCGAUGA